AGCUGGGUUUAACAGUCGGCGCAGUGAGUGAGUGAGUGAGUAAGGAAGGAAGGAAGGAGUGGAUGGCGGCAAUGGCGUCAAUGGCGUCCUCCUAUUAUCAUGAAAUGCACGAGAAUUUCAAGAACAACAGCAAAAGUCGGGAGUUUCCGGCUCAUAGCGCGAAAGUUCACUCUGUCGCUUGGAGCUGUGAUGGACGACGACUAGCUUCGGGUUCAUUCGACAAAACCGCCAGUGUUUUUGUCCUCGAAAAAGACCGUCUGGUGAAGGAGAAUAACUACAGAGGACAUGGAGACAGUGUUGAUCAGCUGUGCUGGCAUCCAACCAACCCAGAUCUGUUUGUUACUGCAUCGGGAGACAAAACCAUCCGGAUCUGGGACGUCCGGACUACUAAAUGCAUGGCGACGGUCAGCACGAAAGGAGAGAACAUCAACAUAUGUUGGAGUCCUGAUGGUCAGACCAUCGCUGUUGGGAAUAAGGAUGAUGUGGUGACGUUCAUUGAUGCAAAGAGUCACCGUCCUCGUGCUGAAGAGCAGUUCAAAUUUGAGGUCAACGAGAUUUCUUGGAACAACGACAACGAUAUGUUCUUUUUGACCAACGGCAAUGGCUGCAUUAACAUUUUGAGCUAUCCUGAACUAAAGCUUAUCCAGUCCAUUAAUGCCCAUCCAUCUAACUGUAUAUGCAUUAAAUUUGAUCCCACUGGAAAAUAUUUUGCUACUGGAAGUGCUGAUGCUCUGGUCAGUCUGUGGGAUGUUGAGGAGCUGGUGUGUGUUCGCUGUUUCUCUAGGUUAGACUGGCCAGUGAGGACCCUGAGUUUUAGUCACGAUGGCAAAAUGUUGGCUUCAGCCUCUGAAGAUCACUUUAUUGACAUUGCUGAAGUAGAGACAGGGGAGAAGCUUUGGGAAGUGCAGUGCGAGUCACCAACCUUCACCGUAGCCUGGCACCCGAAAAGGCCUCUGCUGGCGUACGCCUGUGACGAUAAGGAGGGCAAAUACGACAGCAAUCGGGAGGCAGGGACCGUAAAGCUCUUUGGCCUUCCUAAUGACUCUUAAUGAGCAAAAUGAAACAUGGACAUGACUUUUAACUCUCAAACAGUCUACUUUGUGUUGCUCUACAUGCCCAUAACUCUUUCAAGAGGAGAAGAUAAUCCUUCUUUUCUAAUAUGUUUUCUCAAUUUGAUAACCACAGGUGCUUUCUCCUAUAGCAUAUGUCUGACAACUUGGAAGGUCUGUAAAUAUAAAAUGUUGUUGUUUAUACAUAAACUGAUGUCCGUAAUGGGAUUUAUUUUUACAGGCCUGGAUAAGAGUUUUGUCAUUUUUUCACAAAGAAUUCUGAGACGUCUGUUGCCGAUUAGAGCCUUCUGUGCAUUUCAUUUUAGUACAUAGACACUAGAGGGCACUGUGGCUAUUUCCACUGUAGCGCACACUGCUGUAUGUUUCCCAUUGCAGGCAUUUUUUUUGUAUCGUGUUUUAUUAAAAUAUUUUUACAAUAUUGUUUCUUUA